UUGAUCCCGAUAGACGACUACUACUACGGCAGACAAGAAGGUGCUGCAGAAUACGUUGAAGAGAAAGCCGAUUACCGGUUUAAGUGCGCUGUUUGCCAACGUAUCUUCUUCUCAAACGUCAAGCUGAUGCACCACAUAAUGGGACAUGUGGAUGAAAGCAUCCAGCCCCUGCUUAAUUUUGCCGGUCUCAACCAGUGUCGCGUCUGUAGUCUCGUUUUUGCGAACGCCUUCGAAUUAAGAGCCCACACUGAGAAAGCGCACCCAGGUGUUAAUCACGCUGACCCCAUGAAUACAGGAAAAUCAGACUGCGAUUCGCAGCAGACUGCCUCUCAACUUAUGCAGCAGCAGCAGCGUCUCGGUCUGCUUGAUCCUAGUGCUCAGACUGGUGAAGCUGGUGAUAGUGCCAUGCAGGGAGCUUUCAGCGCCUUUUCUUGUCGCAUCUGCGGUAAAGAGGCGACCAGUGAUUUGGCCCUAGCUCAUCAUCUUCAGUCAACUCACCGUCAACGCGAAAUGCCCUAUGUCUGCCGCCUGUGUCUAUUCCGCUCGUCGUUGUUUGAAGACCUAUUGGAUCACUUCAAGAAGGUAUGGAUCACUGCCUUUAUCUCCACUGUUUAUGUAUUCCACUCUCAAGACUCCUAG